GUAGGUCUUGACAGUGAGUUACAGUGAAGGUUCAGUGCCUGGCACCUCAGUCAGGUCUUGACAGUGAGUUACAGUGAAGGUUCAGUGCCUGGCACCUCAGUCUGGUCUUGACAGUGAGUUACAGUGAAGGUUCAGUGCUAUAACAUGGAGACACAUCCCUCAGACUUACACUUCUCACAGCCUCCACAGAUUCUCCGGCCUCUCAUAGGCCUCCUCCUCCUCCUCCAGAUUUCCAGCGCCCUGGCCAGCAACCACAGCAAUGGAACUCUUCAGAUAUCCUCGUGUAACCAACCAGACUGCCUCAGGUGUGACCUAGAGACAGCAGAGUGUGUCAAGUGUCUGUACGUGAUCAUGGCCUCCUCCCGUGUGUGUCACUCUGCCUGUCCUCCUGGACACUCCAGCUCCUGGCCUCCGGACCCCCCUCUCAUGGGUCGUGUGUGUACAGAGCGCAGUGUGCUGGCACUGGUCUCAGGCCGUGACCUGAGCAUCAUUGCAGGCGCUGCUGUGGGCGGCGCAGUGUGCGUGGGCGUUAUUAUAGGCGCACUCCUCUACAUGCGCAGGCGCGCUAAACCCCAUCCAGACCAACCCCCACCAGACCACCCCCACCAUUACCCCCUCCCCAGGCUCUGGAGGGACAAGAGACCUAAGACCACAGAGGUAUCGGUGGCAGAUGAAGAGAGGGCAGAGUUCCUGCAGCAGCUAGAUGGACUCAGAGGAGAAGCUAGCAACUUUCUAGAGAUGCUGACCCAUACUAGGAACCGGUUCAGGACUCUCCGCGGACCUGACUCACCCACGGACACCAAGGCUAAGGCUUACAGAGCUGUGGUCCGCGACCUCUCUCGGGUCCUCACGCUACUGAACCGUCGUGAUGAACACAUACUGACGGUACCUGGUGACUGGAGGAGACUCCUGACCUGGGCCGCCAGAGUCCUAGCUAGAUACAAGAGGCAGAAAGCCAUUAAGGAAAGUGGAGAAUUACCGUCGCUAGAGCCCAUGAGUGUGAGUGGCACACUAUACCAGACACGACGGCAGGCACAGGCUGAGAGGUGCAGGCUGGUCACUCAGGCAGCUCCAGCAUCCUACACACAGAAUGCUCAUGUGUGCAGGGACUUCGAGGAUCAAGAUGAACUCUCCUUGUGCAGGGAUGACGUGCUGAGUGAGAGAGGAUCGAGGUCAUCCUCACUCCUGAGCCUCACACCUGUCAUACUGGAGGAGGAGGAGGAGGAUCACAAGGACCAUAUCUUCCUUCAAGACAUGGAGGGCCACUCCAAAGAAACCAGCUUCAGUAGCGACCUGGAAUCCCAGUAUCAGGCAAAUAUCGACCCCCACCUCACCGAUGGCGAGGCGCUGAAGCAAGAUGGAACCCACGAGGACAAUAACAACACCGUCAAACAACUAAAUCACAUGCACAAGCUGACCAACAUACUAAGGCGCAACUCCAGAGCCUCGCCAACAAUCACAGAAAAAAUCAUGAAUCUCAGGAACAAGGAACGAUCAUCAGAGACCUAUAACAUCUCCCGACACAUCGUUACAGACGAUACCAGAUUCCACAUCCAAACUCAGAAGAUUUCAGUGACUCUGAAACCUCCAGAAAACGAAACCCAAGCUAUACCUAGAACCACCAGCCUUCAGGGCAUGGAGAAGGACGUAAUCAAUGCCGUUUUAUCCGGAGAAGAUAUAUACGUUAAUGUUAUCAGGAAUCCAGUGAUGGUAGGCCUUAGGCUGGCCGGAGACCCAUACAGGGACGACACUAUUGAACAUGGCCACCAUCCAACACCUGUAGAUCAACAGGUGUUGAACAAGACCAACCCAGCAGGCAGCUGCAAAGCGGAGGUGAGACGACACCUGUCAACACCCAGAUGUGAACUGACUACUGAACUAUAAUGACGUUGCUGAGGGAUUGAACACCUGUCUAGGCUGAGGGACUGAACACCUGUCUAGGCUGAGAGACUGAACACCUGUCUAGGCUGAGGGACUGAACACCUACCUAGGCUGAGGGACUGAACACCUGUCUAGGCUGAGGGACUGAACACCUGUCUAGGCUGAGGGAGUGAACACCUACCUAGGCUGAGGGAGUGAACACCUACCUAGGCUGAGGGAGUGAACACCCACCUAG